AUGAGUGAAGGGAAUAUUGUUCUUUCGGGCACCGAUAGAGAAUGCUUUGAUAUCCACAUGAAUGAUGUGAAAUUUGUCGUGUUUGAAAAACUUAACAAUUUGAAUGUGGAAGAGAAAAGGGGAUUGAGUAACAGCGACAUUCUACAAGAUGGCAGAAAUUUUGUGGAAGAAACCGAAGCCAUGAGAAUCCGAAACGAGUGUGAUGACGAUUUAAAAAACUUCAUGAUGGAUGGAAUUUACCGUCUAAUGGCAGCAUACUACCUGAUAUACAGCGGAAGUUAUCCGGGGGAAGAAAACUAUAACCAUUUUAUGGAAUGUCAAGCCUUCAUCUUGCAUCUUGACGAAAUCCGAAAAGAUUUGCUGGCUGUGGAAACUCCUGAACCGUCUAGAAGGAUUGGAAUACGUCGUUGGCAAGUUCAUCCCAUCUCACAAACACGCGAGACUGAUGGAUUUUACAACAGGACGAUCCCAAUUUUAACGGAAUAUGAUGACAAAUUUAAGCAGUAUACCAGAAUGUCCGAGAAGCAGUUCCGCUUUCUCCUUGAUUCAGUUGGUCCUAUAAUUGAAAAAUCAAUAACCAGGCGAGACGUAAUUCCACCAGCUUCUAGAUUGCUGAUUACAUUGCACUACUUGGCUACCGGAGAGAGUUUCAGCAGCAUUGCUAGGCUCUAUCUCAUUGGAACCUCUACAGCAUCUCAGAUCAUAAAGGAAACAACUGACGCUUCUGUCACGGACAUUACCACUCAUUUGACUAAACUCCAAGACACAGUAUCGCAGCUUCAAAUUGUUCAUGAUGAAUUAGUUAAUUCAGGGGUUGACAUUGAAUUAGAAAAUGAAGAACAUGAGAAAAUCUUGAGUCGGGCAAGCGACUUGGAAAGCGAUCUUCGGGACCUUCUUGAGCAACGCAGGAGGACUGAAAGAGAGGAAUCGAAACAUGGUCUUGGGGGUGUGGGUGGAAAUUUGGACCAUAAGAAGCAGUCCUCUGGUUCAGACCCUACUGUUCAUGCAAGGUCCACUUCACUAGAGGAGGCGUUGGCCCUUCUUAUUCAACAUCAAGCACAGGCAGAAACUCGUAACCAGGAACUUUUCUCAAAACUUCAGGAAACGAUUCUCGCCCAGUCCCAUGCCAACAAUGGGUCCAGACUUCCAGUCCAGUCUGUCCCUGACUUCUCUGGAGAAUACACGGGCUGGAGACAUUUUAGGGAUAUGUUCACGAAUAUUGUCCACAAAGAUCCGCGACUCUCAGAUGUACAGAAAAUGCAAUACCUUAUGACUUACACUAAGGGCAAUGCAAAAAAAUUAAUUGAGGACAUUUCCUUCUCUGAUGCAAAUUAUCAAGUUGCUUGGGAUACUCUUUGCUCGCACUACGAGGACCAAUUUUCUGUGGUUCGUCAACACAUCCACACAUUCAAUAAAAUUCCUCCAAUUUCUGUGCUAUCGGCGUCCACAUUCACAAAUCUUUUCACGACUGCUAACUCAGUUCUGAAUUCUCUCGAUGCAUUGGAAGUGACAUCUCGUGACCCAUGGGUUAUAUGUCUCCUCCUGGAUAAACUGGAUCAUGAGAAUAAGGUCUUGUGGUCCAGGGAAGUAAAAAAUCAGCUUCCUACCACUCGGGACUUCAUGUUAUUUCUUAAAGAUAGAAUGAAGUCAAUUCAAAUGUGCGAACCAUUCCCAGAAAAGGCUACAACAAAGGGUUCUUCUGCUGUCUCAAGUCCAAAGGUGCACACCGUCCUUGCGGCCACAGCACAAUCCCAGUGUGGGGUAUGCUCUGCGACCGAUCAUAAAAUUUUCAAAUGCUCAAAAUUCCUUGGGAUGGAUCCUCAUGACCGCUUUGAGUUUAUUCGCAAGCAUAAACUAUGUCGUAAAUGCUUGAUCCAAACCCACAUGACCAAGGAUUGUUCAUUCUAUGCGUGCAAAAAGUGUGGAAGGCAUCAUAGUACCCUUUUGCAUGAAGCUUUUCAGUCUCUGUCUGGAGAGACGGCUCCUGAGUCUGCAGUUCCUCAGGUCUCAAAUAGAACGGAAAAACCCACAGUUGCAGUUUCAGCUGCGCAGGUUCAGGAUGGGGCGGAAGAUUCUCUUCCUGAUUCUUCUGACUCAGCUGCGGUUGUAAGUUCUUCUACAUCGUCUCGAGGCUCGAAAAGGGUUUUUCUUGAGACUGCAGUGGUUCGGGUUCUAGACAAGUACGGAAUUCCACAUCAAUGUAGAGCUCUCCUAGAUUCAGGAGCACAAGUAAAUCUUAUAUCACAGUCUUUCUUUCAAAAAUUGAAACUUGCAAAAUCUCAUUCAGAAGUCUUCAUUGGUAGGGUUGUAGAUGGAGGCACUAAGGCCAAAUUCCAGACAGAGUGCAACAUUCAGUCAUUCAACAACCAAGAGGCCCACUUCGUCAUGACCUGUUUAAUAGUUCCCUCAGUCUUAGAACAAAGGCUUCCGAAUUUUAAGGUAAAGAUUGAAGACAUUCCACUCCCCUCCGAUCUUCAAUUGGCGGACCCAACAUGGCAUGUACCUCAACCGGUGGAUCUCCUAAUCAGCAAUGAAUUUUAUAAUGAGAUCUUCACUGGCAAGUUCUUGCGUAUUGGCCCAGGUCUCCCCAUAAUUAAGGAGAGUUGUCUUGGUUGGGUAGUCUCAGGCACUCAUAAUAAUGCCACUGAACCCAUCGUUGCCGCAUGUGUAGCCACCACCUUGUCAUCCAUAGAAUCAUCCAUUAAAAGGUUUUGGGAAAUUGAGGAGGUUAAUUGUCCUCGACCUAAGCUUCCUGAUCAUGAGGUGGCAGAGGAUAACUUUCAAAGAACUACUGUUCGCAAUGGUGAUGGCAGAUAUGUGGUACACAUUCCUUUUCGUCCCAAUGUCGUGCGAUUGCAUAACAAUCUUCCCAAUGCGUCCAGACAAUUACUCAGCCUUGAAAGAAAGUUGGCAAUCAACCCUGAACUUCAGGCCCAAUAUCAUGCCGCCAUGAAGGAGAACUUUGAUUUGGGUUUCUUUGAAGAGGUUCCCUCUGAUCAGAUUCAAAAUUCCAGUUAUUACAUGCCACACCACUGCGUCGCAAAGUCAGGUGCCGCCGGCAUAAAGAUCCGAAUUGUAAUGAAUGCCAGCUCUAAGUCCCAGACGGGUCUUAGUCUAAAUGACGUUACGCUGGUCGGUCCGGUCGUUCAACCGGACAUUUUGACAAUCCUUCUCAGAUUUAGGGAACAUAGGAACGCAUUCUCAUGUGACAUUCGAAAGAUGUACCCCCAAGUUCUUCUUUAUUCCCCUCACAAAGACUACCACAGAAUUCUCUGGAGAUUUGAUUCUACUCAACCCAUUAUACACUAUCGGGCCACUGGAGUUUGCUUUGGAGUCUCGUCCUCACCUUAUUUGGCCACUAGGGUUCUGAUGGACCUGGCGGAACGGAGUGAGCUCGAUUAUCCAUUAGCAUCAGCCGCUUUAAAGGAUAACUUUUACGUAGACGAUUGUUUGGUCUCUUUUCCCUCUAUUGAUCAGGCUUUAGAAUGUCAGCGUCAGCUGAUAAACUUAUUGAGAACAGCCGGCAUGAGUCUGUCCAAGUGGUGUGCCAAUAAUACUAAAAUUGUUAGCAAUGUUGAGUGUAAUGAAGCCCAGAACUUACUUCCAGACGUCUCUAAAGCAUUGGGUAUGCAUUGGCACCCAGGUACCGAUUUGUUCUCCUACAAGCUCACCAAAGAUUUCUCUGGCAUCUCCAGUAAGAGGGAAGUCCUUUCGGCAAUCGCAUCCCUUUAUGAUCCAUUAGGUUUGAUAGGACCUGUUAUAGUCCACGGGAAGGUGCUCCUCCAAGAGGCCUGGGGAGCUGAGCUAGGAUGGGAUGAGGCGCUCCCAAUUGAUAUUUCAACCAGAUGGAAACAUUAUGUUGAGGGGUUGUGUGGAAUUCCAAAAUUACAUAUUCCGCGAUGGAUGUCGUCAUGUGACUCUCCCAUAUCACGAGAGCUGCAUGUUUUCUGUGAUAGUAGUUCAUAUGCUUAUGGAGCAGUGGCAUAUGUGGUUACUGUAGAUCGGUCUCAUAGUCGUUCAUCUCAACUUCUCAUGGCAAAGUCACGCAUCGCACCUGUUCAACCCGUUACUAUACCCAAGCUAGAGCUCUGUGCAGCGCUGCUAGGCGCAAAACUUCUUCAGAAAAUCAAAGACGCAAUGACAUUUAAUGAAUACUACCUUUGGACAGACUCCAUGAUUGUUCUCGGACAAAUCCGAUCAAAUAAAGUCCGACUCGACAUUUUCACAUCAGCCAGAAUCACUGAAAUACUUAAUUUGACGGACGUGACGAGGUGGCAGCAUGUUCCUGGUGAUUCAAACCCUGCUGACAUAAUAUCGCGCGGCAUGUCUCCCAAAGACCUAAAAGGUUCGCAGCUCUGGUGGAACGGUCCAGAUUUUUUAACUAAGUCCGGCAGUAACUGGCCAAGAGAUCCGAUAAUUGUUGCUAUGGAUGCACCAGCUCUCUCGCAAACCCUCCCUGAAACACAUCCCAUAGAAUUCCUUCUCACCCUCACAAAUAAUUUCACAAGAAUCAAGCAUAUCCUAGCGUACAUCAUACGUUUCCUAACUAAACCACAAGCUCGCACCAAAGGUCCUCUAUCUCAUAUCGAGAUUCAGAACGCAGAACGCAAACUUGUCUCUUUUGCACAGGCACGACACCUUGCCGAAGAGAAAAUGGCCAUCAGUGACGGAUCUCUAUACAAAGGUAGAAAAUAUGUCAAUAUUCGUCAGCUCACUCCAUUCUUGGAUGAGCAUGGAAUUAUUCGGGUAGGUGGAAGACUGUCUAAGUCCGCUGAACCAUAUGAUGUCCGGCAUCCAAUGCUCCUCCCUAAGUGCCAUCUUGCUACAAUAAUUGCCGCACACACUCAUACGGAGAAUAUGCACGCGGGGCCGCAACUCUUGCUUGCGACCCUUAGGCAAACAUUCUGGCCUUUAGGAGGAAGAAACUUGACGAGAAAGGUGGUGAAAACAUGUGUUACCUGUUGCAAAACACGCCCCAGACUUGAAAAUCAGAUUUUGGGAGACCUGCCUGAAGGACGGUUAACCCAUGUGGCACCAUUCAGUACUUGUGGGGUGGAUUUUUGCGGUCCUGUGCUAACGCGUCCCGGCUAUGAGCGUUGCGGCGUCUCAUAUAAGACAUACAUAUGUGCAUUUGUUUGUUUUUCAACGAAGGCCGUCCAUUUGGAGGUGGUUGGCACGCUUACCGCAGAGGGAUUUGUUGCAGCGUUACGUAGAUUCGUGGCACGACGUUCGGCUCCGAGUCAUAUAUACUGUGAUAAUGCAACCAACUUUCGCGGAGCCAGCACAGUUCUCUCGGAUCUUUUUAAAGCCUUGCAUUCAGAUGCGACCAUCCUACAAGUAGCAACAGCAAAGGGGAUCACGUGGCACUUUGCACCUCCUAGAUCACCGCAUCAUGGGGGUCUUUACGAAGCCGUUAUCAAGGCGCUGAAGUUUCAUCUCACCAGAGAAAUUGGUCAAACUAUUUUGAGUUUUGAAGAGUUGACCACCAUAAUCGCCCAAAUAGAGGCAAUACUCAACAGCAGACCCAUAACGCCACUAUCCGAAGACCCAAAUGAGGCGUCGGCGCUAACCCCAGGGCAUUUCCUAGUAGGUCGGCCGUUGAAUGCCCUUCCAGAUAAGAACUUUAUGACUGUGUCCCCUAACUCAAUCUCGCGAUGGCAACUGUGUCAAAAGCUUCUUCAGCACUUUGCAGACCGGUGGCGAGUAGAGUACCUGCAUACCUUGCAGAAAAGAUCAAGAUGGCAUCAGGAAUCGAGAAAUCUUCAGGUGGGGGACGUUGUGUUGCUCUGCGACGAUAUGUCAUUGUCAAAUUGUUGGCCUAUGGGAAUCAUAGAAAAUAUUCAUCCUGGUCAUGAUGGUAGGUGCCGUGUGGUCACUGUGAGGACCAACAGAGGGUUAUACACCAGAGCCGUGCAAAAACUUGCUAAGCUCCCGAUCGAGGGAUUAUCACCCUCAGAAUAG